CUGAUUCGGGUCUUCCCUCCCACAUGAUGAUGAAAUUGAUAGUACUUGCUGUGUCUUACUUGCAAACAAUUCAAUGCAUGAACGGUGGUCGUGGUGGAAUAACCCACGAGCUCUUGGCCGCAUCCAAGGGAAAGAAUGCUGCACAAAUUGCCGAAGCUCCUUCCUUCACGGAGGGAGACGUCAACCUAUACUUCACAACUGUCAGAGCAUUCACACGGCCAGCCCCGGGAUCAUACAAAGACAAGUUAGACCUGACAAUUGCAAAACCCAAGGAUGAUCAAGAAGGCUCUUCAGAAAAAUUUGUGCUUGACACUUACUGGCCAGCUGUUCAAGCAAAACUUCUUUGGGAAGACUUCAAUCCUCAGAUUGAAAAUGCAUCCAGACUUAGUGAUUAA